UUUUUAAUUAAAAUUCUGGUGUGAAAUUUUAAUAUUAUAAUAAUUAUUUAAUGGCGGUAAAAAGUUCAUCUUUCAACUUCCCACCAUGCAUUUUCGGGAAAUGAUGGUGGGAAGCUCAAAAUUCUUGGUUUUUAGUUUCCAACAAUCACUUUGUCGGUAAAAAAUGAAGCGGAAGCACAAAAUUUUCAAAUAUUUUUGCUCUCGCGUGAAAUUUUAUAAAACCUAUGUGCCUUAUGUUGGUAAAAUGAAUACCGACAAAGUACACAUAGGUAAGGGGCUCUAUAUAUUUUCAAAACUGCUCAGCCCUCUCAUUUUGUUUUUGUCUUCUUCUUCUUCCUUGUUUUGCUCCCUUAUAUGUCUCUCCUUUCCAUUAAAAUGUUGCUCAAUUUUAUCAUGUUUAUUUUUACAUUAUAUUUAUAUUAAUUUUGGUUUAUAUCUUCUUAAACUCCUUUAUAUUUCUCUUCCAUUCUUUCUCCCUAAUUGAUUAAACAUGAAUUUGAAUGGUUCUGUUGUUUUAUCCGGCAGUCACAGUGCCUUAUAUUGUCCGGACAAUACUCCUGUUCAAUUGGGUUGUAGAGAAGGUGAAUCAUCAAAUCAAAUGCCUUCAGAGUUGGAUUGUUGUGGUGAUGAGCAAAAUACAGGAAGCUCUCAUGUUGUUUGGGCAGUCAACAAUCAGGCCUCUACUGGAUCCUAUUGUUGAGAAGAUGAACAGUCUGUCAGAAGCUCUCAAGAUGUGUCUCACCAAUGAUGCGGUAAUGGGUCAACCAACGGUCAAGCUGAUCUGUAAAUUUGCCCUAUCAUCUGCAAAAAUUCUUUCGCAAGAUUCAGAGUUACGUCUUAAAUAUGAUAAAAGUGGGAAAAUCACCGCGUGUUUCGCCCUUACUUGCUUAUUCUUGGUAGCAUUUUCAGAGUCUUAUGGUAAAAAACUCAAAAUACUUUAUCGAAGGUGGGGCUGCACAGCAAAUUCAACAUCAAACUUCACCUGGUUUAUUCUAGCACUUCCCUUUCAAACAUAUUAUGGUAAUUCCUUAAAGAGCCUCGGUGUUGCAUUCUGCCUGACAAUUUUUAAUCUAAGUCUUUCGGUGGUAUUACGGUUACCUACAGACUUCGGGUUCUUUGGUUUCAUCAUAGGAGUUGUUGGAUCCAUCACUUACAAUCGUUUCGGAUUGAACUUUCCCACUUGGAUAGUCGCUUGCAUUUGUUAUCUUAUAUUCUGUUUGAAGAGCUGGUUGGAGAAGCACUGGUUGGAUUUUGAAGAAGAUCUGCCAUUACCGUCUACAUGUACCGUUGGAAGCUCCUGCUUGAUUAGGCGUAUCCCACAAUCGUUCCUUUUUCUCGCCUUGUCAUGUGCUCGCGAUGAUAUUCGACCACAACUACUUCAGCGUAUCAGUUGGUACAUCAUGGUAAUUCUUUGCGGGAUAUGGGGCGCGGAUGGUCUCAGAAGGGGCGCACCUAAAGAUGAUCGUUUACCACCUUACACCAGGUUUACCCGUAGAACUCAUUAUGCGUACUAUAGAUUUAUGAUUUGUUCGUUGGCUUUAGAUUUCUUAUAUGUUUUGGGAAUUUCUGUUUCCACUUAUGUCCACUGGCCGAGUAUAUACGCGAUGAUGUUAGCUGAGAUGUGUUUUUAUGCGUGUAGGUAUGUGGGUCAUAUUUGAUAUCUAACUUGAAAAUUUUAAGUAUAGUUUUUUACAUUUGAUACUAAAAUACUUGAAAAUCC